UCACAUACAGCAACCCCGCAGAACGAAACAAAAUGGCAUCACUCAAAGGACCAGGAGAAGCUCAACAGCAUGAUGGUAGCGCCUUGCGUAUUGGCAUCGUGCACGCUCGCUGGAACACAACUAUAAUUGAACCCCUCAUCGCCGGCACGAAAGCCAAGCUCCUCGCAUCGGGAGUUAAGGAAUCGAACAUAGUCAUCCAAUCUGUCCCAGGCUCCUGGGAACUGCCCAUCGCCUGCUCAAAACUCUAUUCCGCAUCCCAAAUCCAAUCCACAACCUCCUCUUCCCUUGGAGCCGGCGACCUCCUCGGAAGCAGCACCACGGACCUCACAGCACUAUCCCUUGACAACAAAGGCAAUAGCACCACCUCCUCCGGUCCAUUCGACGCCAUCAUCGCGAUCGGCGUCCUGAUCAAGGGCGAGACAAUGCAUUUCGAGUACAUAGCCGAAGCAGUAUCGCAAGGCCUCAUGAGAGUACAGCUCGAUACGGGCGUCCCAUUGAUUUUCGGGCUGCUGACGGUUUUGAAUGAGGAGCAGGCAAAAGCGAGGGCAGGUAUUACCAGUGGGGGCCAUAAUCACGGAGAGGACUGGGGACACGCGGCUGUGGAGUUGGGGGUAAAGAGGAGAGAGUGGGCGGCUGGGAAGAUUUCGUGAAUUUUCUUUCUGUCAUCAAAACAAAUGGUAUACGUUUGCUCGCCCUUCUAGCUAUAGGAAUCACAUAGGUUGGAAUCCUUUUGUGAGUAAAUCCAUUUUAGAAGGCCCAGGAUAUAGUUUUAAAAGCAUUGCUUUGGCCCAUGCAAAAAGAUCCAUGGUACACGGUAG